AUGUUCGCCUUCGAUUUGACCGCCGAUCCUCCGCCGCCGACCGCCGAUCGAGCGGAAACGGUGUCGGACAAUCACCUCGCGCCGUCCGGCGACCAGAUGGAGUAUUCCGGCAGCUCCAAUUCCUCCGUCGUCAAUGUGGACACCUCGAGCAUCGCUGGGGACGAGAACUCGUGCUCGAACCACACUGUCGGUUUCGAUAUAUGGAAGUGCGUAGCUGAGGAGGGCGAGAGGUCGAACGGCGGUUAUGUGACGAAGGAGUUUUUUCCGGCCGGCGGAGAAACGCGGCCGAUCCGGUGGGCGGAUCUCGUGGAGAGCCGCGGCGAGCUGCCGGAGGAGGUGAUCACUGCGCAGCAGCUGCAGAGGAGGCAGCUCGUGAAGAAGAGCCGGAGAGGGCCGAGGUCCCGCAGCUCUCAGUAUCGUGGCGUCACGUUCUACCGCCGCACCGGACGUUGGGAAUCUCACAUUUGGGACUGUGGUAAACAAGUUUAUUUGGGGGGUUUUGACACUGCACAUGCUGCGGCUAGGGCAUAUGACCGUGCUGCAAUCAAAUUUCGUGGUCUUGAUGCCGACAUCAAUUUCAAUGCCAGUGAUUAUGAAGAUGAUCUCAAGCAGAUGAAGAAUUUAACCAAGGAAGAAUUUGUGCACAUACUUCGGCGCCAGAGCACAGGGUUUUCUAGAGGAAGCUCAAAGUAUAGGGGAGUAACAUUGCAUAAAUGUGGAAGAUGGGAAGCUCGGAUGGGGCAGUUUCUUGGCAAGAAGGCAUAUGACAAGGCUGCUAUCAAAUGCAACGGAAGAGAUGCAGUCACCAACUUUGAGCCGUGCACGUACGAAGAGGAGUUAAAUUCUGUGCCGGACAUUGGAAAUGCCGAACAUCAUGAUCUUGACCUAAACUUGUGCAUUGCGCCCCCUCAUGGAGCCAAUGUCCAAACUCAAAACAUUGAGGCCGGAAACUUUCAAAUGCAUUUCGGUCCAGACAACCUUACCAGGAAUGGAUCAAAGGGCCCUGCUUCAGCCUCUGUGGGAGAUCAAUUGUCCCACGUACAUGGUAACGUUUGUGAACGCCCUUUCAUCUGGACCGGACUAGACUUAUACUUUUCCCCCUCCUAUAAGGGGACUACAAUGGAGAGAGUCGAGGUCAACCGACCGGCAAAUUUGACAUGGAAAUCCCCCGACAAAUUUCACGGGGACCAUGCAAUGCACCUCUUCUCGACUGCAGCAUCAUCAGGAUUCGCUACUGGUUCAAGUUUCUUCAACUCUUCUUCGUCUGGUGCCAUCAAUCACUCGAGCUUCCAAAACCACUAUCCUUUUGCCAAUUUGACUAACAGUGGACCUCAUCAAAGCUGGAGGCCGUGA